AUGUGUUCAUCAUCGAGAAGUUCAAAAGAGUUGUUGAGAUUACAAAAGGAAUUAAAAGACAUUGAAAAUGAAGAUGUCCAAGAAAUAAAUGCCCACAUAAAGGAUUCGAAUUUUUUCGAAUGGGUUGGAUUUAUAAAGGGCCCAGAAGGAACCCCAUAUGAAGAUGGUCAUUUUACUCUAGCCAUAACGAUACCUAAUGAUUACCCAUAUAAUCCCCCUAAAAUUAAAUUUGUUACUAAAAUAUGGCACCCUAAUAUUUCAAGUCAAACUGGUGCUAUAUGUUUAGAUGUUCUAAAAAAUGAGUGGAGUCCUGCAUUAACAAUUAGAACCGCUCUAUUGUCAAUUCAAGCCCUCCUUUCUGAUCCCCAACCAGAUGAUCCUCAAGAUGCAGAAGUCGCAAAAAUGUACAAAGAAAAUCAUUCCCUCUUUCUUAAAACUGCAAGUGUAUGGACUAAAACAUUUGCAACAGCGCCAAAAGAAGAAUCUCAUGAAGUUAUUAUUAAGAAAAUUACUGAAAUGGGAUUUACCGAAGAUCAAGCUAAGAAUGCCUUGAUAAAAGCAAACUGGAAUGAGACCUUAGCAUUAAACACUUUAUUAGAGAAUUCUUAA